AAGGCAGGCGCUUAUCCGACCCGAAAUGGACAAUCCGUGGCUCUGUCCUUCAGCUGGUCUGUCCCUGGAGAAAGGGGUUCAGGAGGGCAGUCCUCGCACCUCCCCGGCCUAGGCACCCCCCGUGCCUCCGGGCGUCCCCUCCGCCGCCACGGCCCCGCCGCCCGCCGCUUGCGGGCCCCGCGCUGUCCGGGCAGCCCUGCCCGCGGCCUCCGGAACUGGGGCCGAGCGACGUCCGGUUUCCGCGGGGAAGCUUUAGGCUGCUGCCCGCCCCCGGACUUCCGGUUCCGCCAGCCGCGGUCGCUCGCCAUGGAGGAGCCGGAGAUGCAGCUCAAAGGGAAGAAAGUCACAGACAAGUUCACAGAGAGUGUCUAUGUUCUGGCAAACGAACCAUCCGUGGCACUGUACCGGCUGCAGGAACACGUGCGCCGCUCGCUGCCGGAGCUGGCCCAGCACAAGGCCGACAUGCAGCGCUGGGAAGAGCAGAGCCAGGGAGCCAUCUACACCGUGGAGUAUGCCUGCAGCGCCGUGAAGAACCUGGUGGACAGCAGCGUGUACUUCCGCAGCGUGGAGGGCCUGCUCAAGCAGGCCAUCAGCAUCCGGGACCACAUGAACGCCUCCUCGCAGGGCCACAGGGAUCAGGUGCUCCGCGCUCUCCUGCCUCGGUGAUCCGCGGGGUGAUCGGGUGCUCUGCGCUCUCCUGCCUCGGUGAUCCGCGGGGUGCUCUGAGGACAAGGACAGGCCUGCUCUCGGGGCAAUGGGUGAACACGACCGCAGGGCACACUGGCCAGGGCAAAGGCCCCGGGGCUGCGGGCCCUGGGUGGACGCGGAGGCGCUGGCGGGGGUCUUCUCGGCCCCUGGGGCCGCGGGAGGGCAAGCCGAGACCCGCCGGCCGGCCUGGGAACGAACGCGCGUCUUCUGCAGCAGCUCUUUGUGAUUGUGUGUUCGCUGUGAUUUAAUAAAGCACGCAUGCGCCACA